CUCCGCUAGAGGAGCCCAACCUCAGGACGAGCCAAGAACCCCGCUGCACACCGGGCUCCCUCUGCUUCCAACCCGGAAUUUUGCUCUACAUCCGAGAAAAACUUGAAGCCCAAGAUGUUCCUGUCUAACACCACGACUGUGAUGACCAUGUUGUGGCAGGAGACCGCCGAACAGGGCGGCAAUGUGUCGGGGCUGGCUCGCAGGUCUCAGCUUCGAGACGACAGCAAGCUGGAAGCUCUCUACAUCCUCAUGGUGCUGGGUUUCUUUGGCUUCUUCACCCUGGGCAUCAUGCUGAGUUACAUCCGCUCCAAGAAGCUGGAGCACUCGCACGACCCAUUCAACGUGUACAUUGAGUCGGACGCCUGGCAGGAGAAAGACAAAGCGUUCUUCCAGGCCCGUGUUCUGGAGAGCUUCAGAGCCUGCUAUGUCAUUGAAAACCAGGUGGCUGUAGAACAGCCUGCCACACACCUUCCUGAACUGAAGCCUUUGUCGUGAACCCCAUAGCUCAUUAUGCGUAGACAAGCCCUACAUGUGACAAUCUCAUCUUUCUGGUUACAUGCCUGUCAUAGUCUUUAUUGUAGGGGUACCAUCAGAGUUUUUGAUAUUGAGGGUUGAGGAAUGAAUUGAUAACACUAGUUUCCUAAAAUCACAUUCCUUCUCUAGUAGAUGAUCAAUUAAUUUUGCAGCACCUACCCUUCUCUUUUUAAAUCUAGCAGAGACGCAACAAUGUGACCUCUGAGAAUGCAAGCCGAGUUUCCCCAAAUCUCCCGACAUUAGCAGGGUCACAUGACUGAGUUCUGGUCAGAGACUUGGACACGAUGAGUCCAGUUCAUAAGUAGCCUUUGAAAAGGAAAAGGCAUGUCCUCCAUCUUCCUUGUCCCCCACAGGACAUUGACACACUUGAGGCGGCUCUGAAAGA